CAACACAGAAAAUAAAUUGAGAAUUCUAGUUAUAAGUUGCAGGAAGAACAGUAAACAACAAGCGGAAAAGGUCUUUUCUAGACCUGGAGGUUUCUUAUUACUAUAAGAUGAUCCGUGGUGGCAUAUCUGUUGCUAAACACAAUGCACGUAUACUAUUAAACACUAACAAAACUGUUCAACGCUAUGCUGCAACCACCCCAGCUGAUCAGAAGCCUCAAAAAAUUGAGGUUUUUGUUGAUGACAAAAGAGUUUUAGUUGAUCCUGGUACAACCAUUAUGCAUGCAUGUCAAAUGGUUGGAGUUGAAAUUCCAAGAUUUUGCUAUCAUGAUCGUUUGUCCAUUGCUGGAAACUGUAGAAUGUGCCUGGUGGAGGUUGAAAAAUCACCAAAGCCAGUGGCGGCAUGUGCAAUGCCAGUUAUGAACGGCUGGAGAAUUAAAACAGACUCACCAAUAACAAGAAAAGCAAGAGAAGGAGUCAUGGAAUUCAUUUUAAUAAACCAUCCAUUAGAUUGUCCUAUAUGUGAUCAAGGGGGUGAAUGUGAUUUGCAAGAUCAAUCAAUGGCCUUCGGAAAUGAUCGCAGUCGAUUUGUUGAUGUCAAUUUUCAAGGAAAAUCAGCAUUUGAAGAUAAAAAUAUUGGUCCGUUAGUAAAAACAAUUAUGACCAGAUGUAUCCAAUGCACACGCUGUGUAAGAUUUGGCAAUGAAGUGGCUGGUGUAGAAGACUUGGGAACAACAGGACGAGGAGGUGAUUUGCAAAUCGGAACAUAUGUUGAAAAAAUGUUUAAAUCAGAAUUGUCAGGAAACAUUAUUGACUUGUGUCCAGUAGGUGCUCUUACAUCUAAACCAUAUGCAUUCACAUCAAGACCAUGGGAGCUAAGAAAGACAGAAUCAGUAGACGUUCUUGAUGCAGUUGGAAGCAACAUUGUUGUUGGUACACGAGGAGGAGAGGUGAUGAGAAUUUUACCAAGAGUAAAUGAGGAUAUCAAUGAGGAAUGGAUAUCGGACAAAACAAGAUUUGCUUAUGACGGCCUUAAGAGACAACGUUUAACUAGUCCGUAUGUGCGUGGCGAAGAUGGAAACUUAAAAGCUUGUGGUUGGGAAGACGCACUAGUUGAAGUAGCUAGUCGCAUGCAUUCAAAUUCGGGUGCUGAUAUGGCUGUUGUAGCUGGUGAUCUGGUAGAUGCGGAAACAUUGAUAGCUGUAAAAGAUUUGUUCAAUAAGUUUAACUGUGAUAACUUGUUCACUGAAGAAGGAUUCCCGAACAGUGGCGCAGGAACUGACCUUCGUUCAAAUUAUCUUUUCAACACAACUAUAGCAGGGAUUGAGGAUGCAGAUGCGUUACUGCUUGUUGGUACAUGUCCUCGAUACGAAGCACCUUUGGUGAAUUCAAGAAUAAGAAAAGCGUGGAUGCAUAAUGAACUUAAUGUUGCCAUGGUUGGCACAAAAACAGAUCUCACUUAUGAUUACGACCAUCUUGGUGACAAUGUAGGAGUACUUCAAGAGAUCGCAGAAGGGAAACACCCGUAUAGCAAGGUGCUGCAAGAUGCCAAGAAACCUGUGAUUAUCGUUGGUUCCAAACCCCUGAACACAGCGGAUGGAAAUGCCGUCCACGCGUUGUGUGCAAACAUAUCAAACAAACUGAAAUCUCAAGGAAAUGUUGACAGUGAAUGGAGAGUGUUGAAUAUACUACACAAGGUAGCAAGUCAAGUUGCAGCUUUAGAUAUUGGCUACAAACCUGGUGUUGAAAAUCUGGGUUCACCAAAGCUGUUGUUUCUUCUCGGUGCUGACAGCGGAAACAUUUCGCGGUCAAAUUUACCAAAAGAUUGCUUGGUUGUAUAUCAAGGUCACCAUGGAGAUAAUGGUGCCAAUAUGGCCGAUGUCAUCUUUCCUGGUUCAGCAUACACAGAAAAAACUGCAACUUAUGUUAACAUGGAAGGUCGUGCACAGGAAACGAAGCGUGCUUUGACCCCACCAGGAUUAUCGCGAGAUGAUUGGAAAAUUAUUCGCGCAUUAUCAGAGAUCGCUGGAAAAACGUUACCGUACGAUAGUUUACCCGAAGUGCGACAACGUUUAAUGGAUGUUUCGCCCAACCUAACAAGAUUUGGAAAUGUUGAGCCCGCCAAUUUCUUCUCACUCGGAGCAGCUUUAAGCGAGAUUAAACUGUCUGGUGGUGCAAGUACGGUUUUGCAAGCUGAUAUUUCUACAUUGAAGGACUUUUAUAUGACUAAUAGUAUUAGUAAAGCAUCACAAACGAUGGCGAAAUGCGUGCAUGCUGUGCAAACAAUGAAAUAACUUUAUAAUAGCUGUGAAAUUAUAUGAUUUAAAAAAACUGCUUGUGGUCACACGUGCCAGGAUUUUAUACCAAAUGUUUUGGGUGAAUAUCGUCAGAGGUGAAUUUAAACAUGGUGCUGCGACGUUUCUAUAGUGAAGGUUUUACACGAAGUUUUGGAACGUGUUUCAUGCUAUUAUUUUAAAAUCAUUGUUCAAUACAGAACUUCUCUUUCCAAAA